AUGGCAUUUUCUCAGGAAGAUGAUUCCCAAGACACAGAGGAUUUUGUUAAAUUGAAAAGUGAUAUGUUCCAGAAAAAAAACCCGCCCGCAUUCAGAUCCUGGAGAAGGUCGAUGGAAUGUUGGAUCGAAUUGUGCAGACUACCACCGCACGAGGUCGUCCACCACAUCAGGCUAUACUGCACGCCCCCUCUGCAACAAGCGCUGGACGCCAGAUUCACCUCUCAGGAAUGGAGUAACCUCACCGCUACGGAAGCCAUGGAUUUCAUUCGCGAUAUUGUGUUACGCUCUACAAACUGUGCUGUGUUAUGGUCGGAGUUUUUCAAUGCGACACAAGGCCCAGGCGAAAGUGUUAGUGAUUACUUUUUAAAGUGUUCCCAAAACGGCCACCGAUUGCAAUUUCCAGUGCCCUCAGUGUCAUUAACGGUGGGCCUAAGUGAUGAGGCUAUGCGUCGUCAUGUGUACCAAUGUAGCAAUGACAUUAAUAGUGUUAGCGCCCUUAGGGCUAGGUGCUGUGCCUACGAGGCGGCCCGUGUUGACGCCGCUGCGCGCCAAUGCAAUUGGCGGGAAACUGCUCUCGCGGCUGGCAGCGAGAUAUCCGAGGCAGAUCAUCCGAAUGCAACCAUCGCUGGUACAGGUAGGGGCCACCCACCCCCUCCCUGUGGGAACUGCGGCAGCCGCCACAAAAUGAAGUGUACUGAAUGUGCAGGAACAAAAUUUACUGAAGACAGUGGCUUACGGACAUGUGACUUCUGUGGAACAGAGGUUAGGGAUUUUGUUGCUCUUGAGAGUCAGGAAUUCCUUUCCAAUCUUGAUGUUUCUCAGAUAACUCGAAUCAAGAAAGAAAGAUUUAAAAAUGAUGAUGGACGGGAAAUAACACUGGGUGUUUGUGAGACAUACAAUAUUAUAUUGAAUAGUUGGACAAAAGCAAUGCUUUCCCUUGGAGCUUCUCAUCGCUUUGAAAAAAUUAUGUUUGAAUUAUGGAUGUGGUACUUGCAGCGUUCAAAUAUGGCAUUUUCUCAGGAAGAUGAUUCCCAAGACACAGAGGAUUUUGUUAAAUUGAAAAGUGAUAUGUUCCAGAAAAAAAAGUAUUGCUAUUUUCCUUCUGCAGCAAAUAUUGAAGGAAGCAGCAUUCCCAAUGUUGUCCAUCUACGUAUUUUUCCAAAUAUGCCAAAAAAGAACUUGCCAGAUAAUCUUUCUUUGGCAAAACUACUUAGUUUGGUUUACCUAGCAAUAGUAUUGGCUGAAGAACCUAUACUAUUAAUGGAUUUAAUCAGAUGGUGUCGAGAAGGGCAUCUCCCAUACUUUUCAGCGCACAACCUCUUACCCCCAGGUUGUAAAUCAGAAGUAACAAAGGGAGCUGUUGUGAUAGAGGCUGAUAUCAUUAAAGAAAAUGGUAUCAACAUGGCCAUGCUUUUGAAUGUUUUGUACUUUCCAAUUCCAGACUACAGAUAUGUCAUUGACAGAGUGGUAAAGCCUCUGAGGUUGCCAGUAUAUGUUGGAGAUAUGGCACUGGAGCUCAUGAAGAAACUGUUUACUGCUUCUAAUUGUAGCAAUAAAAUCUCAGUGCUUGGAAUAGAGAUAUAUGCCAUAGCUGCAGUUGUUCGUGUCUUAAAAGAUUUCUGGGGACUCAACGAUUAUGACGAAUACUAUUUAUCCAUUGCCACUAGAAGAAUCAAUGAAGAAAUUGGAAAGAAGAGUAGUAUUGUACCUUUAUUCUGCUGGGAAGAAUGGCAAACGUACAUCAACAAAUUAAUCUGGUAUUGUGGAGAAAUUGACUACAUUACAAGCACGCAUUCACGUAAGGUAGACUUCUGUAACUUAGAAGCAAGAAGUUUUUCAAGGUUUGCUUGGACUGAGGGUAUUUGGAGACAGGGGUCUUAUAGUUCUACAGAUACUCCAGGAAUUAUAACAACACAGUGCUGGUCUUAUGCUGAGAAACUUCUUGAUGCACAAGAUACUACUGUGGAAACUCAAGUAAAUCAACCCUUUGUGUACAAACCAACACAACUACCUAUUCAUGGCAUAGUUGAACAGUUUGUGAACAGUUGUGGAAAAGAUAGUAAAUAUGGACACCUUUUACAGGUCGGCAAAGAACUCAUGGAUAUCAACUUUUCAGACCAUUUGUUUAAACUUCCUGCAAUUGGUACUCUUCAGGAAGAACUCAAGAGGUGUGGCUCAGAUUUACAAAUAGUUACCACAAUUCCAAAGACCUCACAGAAAGAGAACAAAUUACUGCUGUUCAUACCUCAACCUUUCAAAUGUGCAAAACAGAGUGAUUUUAGGAUCAAAUUACUUGAUGUAAAAAUAUAUCCAUCAAGAAGCAUAGAAUGGCUCUUAGCAAUAUGUUUCAUAUUUUUUGAUGUAAAUGGUUAUGAAGUAUUACAGAGUAUUAAAAUGUUUAAAGAGAUAUAUCCCAGGAAACUGUGGUUUUAAAAAUAAUUUUAUACAUGGCUAUUAAUCCUAAAUAGCUUUAUUCCAUAUAAAUAAACCAAUCUGCAGAGACCUGCUAAUUUGAAAAAAGUUUCCUAUGCAUAUGCUCAGGCUGCAGUUUACCAUUUACCUGCAACAUUACUCACUGUUUUGUGCAACAUUACUCACUGUUUUGUGCUAACUCCCAUGUGGAUGUGUGUGGGGAAGGCAGGAAAGUACCAAGUGGGUUUGUAUAAAAACCUGCUAUUUAAGAAUAUAGCCUUUUACUUAAAAACCAAUUUAUCAUAAUAGCCUAAAAUGGAAUUUAGCUGACAAAGCAGAUGAGCCUUUAAAGAAAAUAGAAACCCAGGUCGUUUCCAUAAGAUGCAACAGAAGACAUCCCAGGAUAUUAUAUCCAUCAAGCAUUUGAGGCUUAAAGGAUGGGUAAUAUGAUCUAAGACCUUCUGUGCAACCCUAAGAAGCGCCUCAGUGAAGUGUUCGGUUUGGUGUUGGCGUGCCACCUCAGUGGCUGCGAGUUCUAUUCUCGGGCAUUCCAUAGAGGAGUGAGAGAUAUAUGUAGUUUUGGUGAUAGAAGUUCACUCUCGACAUGGUUUGGAAGUCAUGUAAAACCGUUAGUCCCAUUGCUGAAUAACCACUGGUUCCAUACAACGUAAAAACACCACGCAAACAAACAAACAAGCAACCCUAAGAACUAGCAUGAUUUCAAACCCCCUUAUGUGACGAGUACUGUAGUACACAUUCCAAUCAUACAAACCUCAUAUUUUUGGAUAUAAAAUGCAAGGAAUAAAAAAAAUAUGUACAGUAUUUCGUAUACAGUAAAAUAUUAAAAAAAAAAUUUGAUAUAUGAAUUUAUGAUUACACUAUGUAUGCUACUGUACAGUGCAUAGUACUAAAUGCAUGUUAGUCUAAACUUGGAGCAAUGAUCUAGCAUUAUAAUUUAUAUCCUUUUUCAUUGAUUACAGUGAAAAUUAUGGACAAAACACCAAGAAAUCGUAGUAGUGUCUCGAUUUCUCUCUCACUUGAUUUUGUUUUUGCUCAAUGUGGCACAUUUAAAUUUCAUGUAGAAUUUUCUUCCCAUUUAGAUUUCUUUGUGUAUGCAAAUCUAUGAAACAUGUAUACUGAGGGCCAACUGUCCUGCAAAAAACAUAACUUUUCAAGGUUAAUUAAUGCAGCCAGGAAAAGGAAGGCAUUCAAACUUGAGUGUGUUGCUCCUGAGCUGGACAAGAGCCUCCUGAAAAAAAACCUGUGCAUUACCAGUUAACUAUUAACCCAACAACUGAUUUCUUAAAGAAAAACAAAUUUUUAGUAGAGUGAGAAGUCUAGAAAAAGAAACUAUGAGUCAUUACUCCAGAGCUCCCCCUCAGCACAAACACUAGGCACAACUGAAAUUCUCCUAAGAAAUGCUAACCGUUUGAAUCAUUAUGAAACAUGAGAUAUGAAGCCAACUGAAGUCCUGAAAAGGGGUGAGGGCAAACAGGAACACUACAUUAAGGAAGAUGGUGUCCAAAAGUAUCUCAAAAAGUGAUACCGUACUAAAGAAAUUUUAGGCAGAUACCCCACAACUGAACUUUAACCAUCAAGGAGCCAUAAAAUAUGACACUGGAGCCGGGAACUGGAAGAUGAGGAUCAAGGUCAAUUAUAUGAGCAAGCACAGUGAAGGACACUAGAAUACAUCAAAACUGGAAACCAAAACCAUGUAAAAUAAAAUUUGGUACUCAGCCAUGCAACUAGAUAGGUCCUGCAGGAGUCACUGAUGAAGCAACUGAGAACACUGAGGGUGCACAAAGAUUCAAGGACAGGAUACUGAGAAUGGGCAGGCAGCUACCAAGAACACAGGAUAAGGUUUAAAAUGAUAUUGUCACUAAAUGUCGCUCGUGCCAAGAGCCCAGUACAGAAAGUAAGGGACAGACUAUGAGGACCUUAACCUUAGUACCAGCAGGAAGUUUCUCGUUGGACGAGUGGUUUUCGUGCUUGGCUGCCAAUCUGGUGGUCCGAAGUUCGAUUCUCCGCUCGGCCAAUGUGGAAUCAGAGGAAUUUAUUUCUGGUGAUAGAAAUACAUUUCUCAAUAUAAUGUGGUUCGGAUCCCACAAUAAGCUGUAGGUCCUGUUGCUAAGUGACCAAUUGGUUUUUAGCCACGUAAAAAUAUCUAAUCCUUUGGGCUAGCCCUAGGAGAGCUGUUAAUCAGCUGAGUGGUCUGGUAAAACUAAGAUAUACUUAACCAGCAGGAACAGGAAGAUCAUACUUAAAGGGUAAUAACCGAGUGAAGGAUUGAGACCUGGAAGGAAGCUCACACACACUGAAUUUUGGGAAAGUGUUUCGGGAUGCAACACAUCUGUAGCGAGAUGCCAGAGACAGACAAGGCUGCUGCAAUACUACUGUACAUGACAAAAAAUUAGAAUAACAAUAAACAAGAGAACUGGAACAACACAAGACAGCCGGAGCAAUAGCAACAACCACAGUUAAUGCAUAAAAAGAAAAAUUAAUCAGUAAAAUGUAAAUGCACAAACUUAUAAUUCAAGAAGUGUAAAUAACGACAUUCCUCCCUCAGGAUAAACACAAUUAGGGCUACAUU